AUGCAGUUCGCUACCGUCAUCGCUCUCUUGGCCCCUCUGGCUCUGGCCGCCGACACCUGGAACCUCUCUGGAACCUGCAAGAGCGACCUGACCUGCGAUGUCGACACCCAGUACACCAGCCCUCAGCUCGUCUGCGGCAACAACAACGGACACUUCUCCGGCGAGGGCAACCAGGGAAAGACCAGCUGCACCCCCGUGGGAACCAAGUGCACCUACGUCUGGACCUGCUAA